AUGAGGCCGUUCAGGGGAUUCUCCAGCAAGGCUGUGAUUCCUGAGAGUUACUCGGAGCAGGAAACUGAAGUCGUGGAGAGCAUUAAGAUGCUGAUAGAGAAGCGGAUUCGUCCUGUGAUUCAGCAGGACGGCGGUGACGUUUCAUUUGUUUCCUACGAUCCAUCCACGGUAGGUUACGUGUAUGUUAAACUGAGCGGUGCGUGUGUUGGUUGUGUUCAAAGCGACAUCACGCUCAAGCAUAUGAUACAGGGUAUGCUGUGCCACUAUCUGGACGAGAUUACGGCAGUGUACAGCGUCGACGACGACAACAACAUCAUCACAUCAAGUUCUGCAAAUUAUUAG